GUUAACAUUUCCAACUGCGUUGCAUUUUGCGAACGGAAGAGCCAACCUGGCGAGAACGCACACUGGCUUUUAAGCCCAACGCCCUUUGGCUUGCAAGAAUGCGUAGCGGCAGCGGAGUGUUGUGUAUUUCGGCCUGCCAGCUGGUGGUUGGCCUAUGCUUGCUAGGAGUCUAUGAGGGCUACAAGGCCUAUUACUUUGACAAGUUCCUUGGGGAUGAGGAGACGGAGAAAAACGAGAACGCGGGCGUGGCGGCGCGGGUGGCCGCCUACGAGUCGCCGCUGGACUUCCGCUCGCCCAUGGGCUUCUCCUUCUACCUGUCCAUCACAAACAACAUGUUUGCAAUCUUCGGCCUAGCGGGCGUCAUUAACGCGCAGCGCGAGUUGAUUGUCGCCUUCUUCGGCUACAACGCCGCGCAAAUGGUGAUCGCCUUCCACGCCUUCGUGGACCUGUGCACGGACGUGGGCAUCAAGUACGCGGGCGAGCCUGCCAAGCUGACCUCGUUUGAGCGCGCCUCCGCCACCUUCAUCUUCUUCUGCUUCCUGCUCAGCCUGCUGGCCACCGUGUUCGCGGUGAAAGCCAUCGACGAGGUGAAGAGCAAGCAGCGCGAGGAGUUCAACCGCAUGGCGGUGCUGUCGGACACACUGCAGUACGAGCCCGACCACCCCUAAGCACGUAAAAGCAGAAGCCGUGUGUCAGAUGCAGAGGACUGGAGUGGGUCUGCGGCAGGUCUUGCGUUGGGGUGGAGCCGACUGGGCGCGCGGGCCUGGUUGCGGGACUUGGGGCGGCAGUGGCGGGCCUGGCCGUGGGAGAGGUCCGGGAGGGCCAGCGGGACCAGGACACCCCGGCGGGACCAGGGCGGGAGGCGUGUUGGCGGAGGCGGCAGCUGCUGGUGCAGGGUGGGAGCGAGUCGGGGCCAGCACCACAGAGGAGUACGACGGUGUCGGAGAAGACGGAACGGAACGGGGCUGAGGAGCGGCCCACGUGGGAUGGCGGUGCCGCAGCGGGUAAUGGCAAUGGGGUGAGGGUCCUGUAGCAGCGGCUGUAGAGGCUAGAGCCGUAGACCUUGAUGCGGCUUUGUUGUGGGCAUGUCAGAAGGGAUAAAGAGGCCAGACAGGUGCUUUGGUGCCUUGACGAGGCGAGCAUAAGUGUCGCUGGCGUGCUGAGGUGAUCAUGGCAGGCGAACGUGCGCGCGCUUGUGCUGGGCGGGUCGGCAUACGUGGGGAAGCGAGGAGAACUGCUUUGGACGAUGUGCAUGCUGCCAUUGAGGUGUGCGUGUGGGCUUGCGUGAGGGGGUAUCGAUGUGUUGCAUGUGUCCCACACGCUGAUGAACGCAGUGCGGGACCCUGGCUGUAACUAAAUACUGUG